CUGGAAUCCUUCUCCGACGACAUCAUGUCUGCGGGGUUCGACCUCCGCAAAGCGAUGAUCAAUAUUGAAACUCCAUUAUCACUAAACGACUCCGAUUAAUCAAUCUUUGAAAUCAGUAAAUCUAACCAGUAUCACCAGUAAAAGUGAUGUAAGAAAUAAUCCAGUGUAGUGAUCGGUAGAGGCGAGCCCGCAUCCCGAGGAACGUGAAAAAUUCUUUAAGGCAUGUGUACAUACAAGUGGUAAGGGGGUGUAGGAUUUUGCAGUUUUAUUGUUGUGUCUGGCCAGCCUCUUUCCCUGCAGAUUGGCAGUGACCGUCGCAAAAUAUGCUCGGUAUAGAGGCGGUCGCUGCGUCGUUGUCGUGGUUGGUACUAGUGCUAGCGUCAGUGCUGGUGGUGGUGCUGGUGUUGGUGAUGAGAAUGGUGUAGCGCGGGUGUGGGCGCGCGGUGCUGCCUUCAGUGCGGACGGUGGCUUUAGACUCGAAGCUGCGGAAGAAGGGCCGUGAGCUCGGCUGUGCUCCGAUGGCCUGAUAUAACAUCACGGGACGCGUAUAUGAAGCUACACUGCCCUGACUCGUCGAUAAGGAGAGGAUGUGUCCCAUGCAACUACCAGGUGGGUGUGCGGGGGUGACUGGAGUGAUGGGAUGGGGCCAGAGCCCCAUGGAGUUCGGGUAGACCCGUCUCCGGCCCAACUCCCCAGCCCCCUCCGCCAUCAAUAUCGUCACAGCUCCUGCCAGCGUCGCAGAGGGCCGCCUCGAUCGCGAUGGAGGCUUCUAACAAUCAACAACAGAAGGAGAAGGAGCCACGCGUUCACAGGCCUUGCGCCUUCGACAAGAUGGAGGGGCUGGUGCGGGAGAUGCAAGACCCUGAGAACGGGGUACCCGUGCGCAGCCAAAAACAAUUUCUCACCUCGAUUCCUUCAGCUUUCAUGGGUGAGUGCCAUCGGUACCUGCGUUGUGGAGUAAGCGUAAGCGGCCAUCACGGCCAAAGCACUACAGUAGGCUGCCUGCGUGUUGCAGGUUACGAUCUCAUCGAGUGGCUGAUGGAGCGGCUUUCCAUCGAGGAAUCAGUAGAGGCGGUCCAUAUUGCCAACCAACUCUGCCAGUAUGGCUACUUCUUCCCGGUGAAUGACUCCAAGACACUCACCGUAAAGGAUGAUAGUUCUCUAUAUAGAUUUCAGACACCAUGUUAUUGGCCAUGGCAACAUAGAACCCCUGAUAACGUGGAAUACGCUAUUUAUCUGGCUAAAAGAAGUCUAAGAAACAAGCAACGCCAUGCUCUUGAAGAUUACGAGACUGAUGCUUUGAACAGCCUACGUAGGAAUUUGCAAAACAAGUGGGAUAUUAUACAACUUCAGGCCGAGGAACAGGUACGUUUAUCAAAGGAGUGGAAGAAAGGCGAUAAAAUAGUGAGCGAUUCCCAAGAACGAGCGUUUUGGAGAGUAUAUAGGCCACCACCUGGUUGUCUUAGUAGUCUUGAAGUAGCACCUGUACCUACCCGUUUUCGUCCUGGAGUUGCGCGCCCUCCAUCACGUAAACGCACUUUAACUGAUCUGCAACGCGAGGUGGCCCUGUUAAAGAAUAGUUUAACUCGCACAAGAAUAAAGGUGUCGGCUGCGAUUGAAAACCUGAAGUCGUACUUUGAAACAUACGUGGAAUACGAUGCAAUGUUUGUACCGCCUCAACCUUCUAAUCCAUGGAUCACCGACGAUCAAACAUUUUGGCAAUUAAACAGUCCCCUGGUGGAAGUUCCUACGGAGAAGAGGGUGAAACGUUGGGCAUUGUCGAUGGAAGAAUUAAUGUCGGAUCCUACGGGUUUGCAAGAAUUUACGAAUUAUUUGAGAAAAGAAUACAGUCACGAAAACAUACGAUUUUGGUUGGCGGUUAAAGACUUAAGGCACAGCUUUCAAGCACAAAUAUCUGACAAAGUCAACGAAAUCUUCAAAGAAUUCCUGGCACCUGGAGCCCCUUGCGAGAUCAACAUAGACGGGAAAACAAUGGAAAAAGUUCAUCAAGAAAUGAAAAAUCCAAAUCGAUUUACAUUUGAUUCUGCCGCUGAACAUGUGUAUACCUUACUUCUGAAAAAGGAUUGUUAUCCUAGAUUUAUUCGCUCUGAUCAGUAUCGAAAUCUUUUAGCUGCUGGUGUGCAACCAUUACAAAAGAGAAGAUUUUUCGGCUUCGGGGGACAAGCCAAAAAGAAAGUUUCUUCAACUUCAGCCCCGACAACCAGCACCUUGCAACAACAUGCUAUGAGCAGUGGAACGGGUGGUAAACGUAGAGGAAGCGACCGAAGCCUGUCAGGGUCUGCUCACGAGUUAGCGAUUUGUGGUGUUCGGGAUACAACUGCAACUACGCCCAGAGUGCCACAUUCCCAUAGUCAGUCAAACCUUGCUGACAUUCCAUACAGGGAUGCUGGCACGUCGGAAGCGAUAGCUCGCCCUAUGGACGACGUAUGCCCAUGGGACGCAGUGCCGGGUCCGAGUAUAGAGCACACCACGGAUUCCAGCGCACCCCAACAUUCGAUAUUGUCUGGAAUAACGUCGCCGGUUGAAAGCCAACUUGAAGAGGGUAGAAGCAAUUUACACGGGCAGUCGCAAUCCAUCGAAUUUGCACGCCCAUCCCGGAAAAACUCCACGCAGCUGGAUUCCUGUAGUUCAUCGUCUGACGUCAGUUUAGCGGUGGCAGAAGUCACUGAACAUCUUCGGAAAUCUUGUAGUUUGCAACAUAGUGCUAGCACAGCUGGCACGACAACGACUGAACGCCUGAGCGCAAUGACAGUGCGAAAUUACUCAAUCGGAUCCACCAGCGCGAGAGUGAAGCUGGCAGAGAUCGGCAGGCCAUCCACUUCGUUCUGCAAUUAUCCGUCACCGCAGCACUCGUUCGAGUAUUCUCACGUGGCCACCGAACGAGCAGACACAUCCACGAAAAGCGUAACCGAGGUGCUUGAAGCUCAGCCAACCAGAUCAAAGGUUUCGCUGUUUGAAAAGGAAUCUGUGACUAAAGGUGCGACCAAAGCUCCUUUGAUAAGCAUCAGCGCCAUUGUGGGUGAUUUGCCAAGCGACAGCUCAAUCAUCGAGCCCGAAGAAACAGCGAAUGAUGAGGGCAUAGUAGAGGUGACGGAAGAAGAGAAAAAGCGAGAACCGGAAGCUGAGGAAAGCGAUCCAGUAAUUCCUACAGAAGAAAGCUCUGCAAUUUCAAGUCAAGCGGAAAUGGAGAUGAAGGAAUCGGUGGAAGAGGCACAAGUCGUUCCUGUCUGGGAACCGGACACCCAACAGGACGAUCAAAUGGCACCUACUAGUGAGACAACACCUCAGCAAAAGCGUGACAAUAACGUUAACGAAGUGUGCCCGUGGGAAGACGAGGAAAACUGUAGAGUGGAUGCACCUUACGUGAAAACCUAUGCGACAUUAGGUUACUUAUAACUUGGCAUCGGUACUAAACUUACAUUUUACGCUUAAGCAUUCACGAUUCAAUUUCUAUUUUACUUCACUUUACUUGUAAGUCCGAGUGCCCGAAUUCUUAAGGAUGACUUUCGAUUCAUUUACAUUUUUUUCCUUUCAGUUUUUAAAAUUGAAUAAACUGCUUGUCAAUGAUAUCUGAAGGAGAGGUAGAUCGAGUUGUUUAAAGAUGAAAUGAAGAAAAAUAUUGAAUCAAUAAUUCAGUACAUUCAAACUAAUACUAAUAUAAAACAAAAUUCUCGCCACUUUUAUCCCUUUAGCAACAAUAUAAAUACACGUGAAAUUGUAUUUCACUUUUUUCUGAAUUUAUUUGUUUAAAAUAUGUACUAGAUUUUAACUGAAAGAAACAAAAUUAAAAAGAUUGUAGGAGUCUAUGUUGCUGAACGGUAAAUCGUAAUUUAAAAUAAUUCAAUAUGUUCCUCUAUUCAAUAUUAUGACAUGCCCCUCGGGAAACAAUUAAUUUUUUUAGUCAGAAAAAUAUAAAAAUGUAUUAAAUAGAAAGAUGUGCUCUGAGGGUGCCAGUCAACCGUGAGCCCAUUGACCGCUCCCACUGAUCACAAAAUUCUUUAAUACCAUUAAAUAAAUAGUAAUUCUUUAAUUUUAAUAUUAUACAAAUUUUUUACUUUUUUAAACAAUUCAGCGCGUGAAUGAAAAUAUCAAUUCUUAAGCCAAAAAACAUAUAUAUUUUUUAAUUUUAUUAUUCAACGCACGUCACUUAAUAUUAAUUACAAUAAAAAAUACAGUGCAUCGUUUUAACGUUAUACGAAAUAUUAAAAAUGUAAAUGGUUUAGAAGCAGCUCGUUGUCAUGAGAAUUAAUUGUCGUUAAGUGUUAGUUAGUUGAUCCAGUACAUAAUAAGUGUCUAAAGACAAGUGUGCACACGAAAUUGCCCUUCGGGCCGCUGGGUGCUCGUGGGCAAUCUCGAUUAUCCAACGGCCAUUUGUGUCUAUUCCUAUUAUAAUGACAAAUAUUUAACGUUAGCUGGCUUGUAUCUUGAAAUUGAUAACGCUCUUCGUUUGAAAACGAAGCUUCAAUUGUAGGAACUUAAUUACAUAAAUUUGUUGUUAAUAAUUAACUGGGAGAAAGAGACACACAUCGAGAAGAAAAGAAAGUAGUAUUAAUGAGUCAGUUUAUUGUCUAAGGAUAAAAUAUUGAAACGUCGUUCUUAAAAAAAAAAAAAAAACAGUUUCUAAGGUUAGUAAUAUAUGGGUCCUC